AUGAGUGCCAAUCAGUAUGGUAUCGAAACCGAUGCCAUGACCUUGCAAAGGUUCGUGCUACACGAACAACGGAAACAUCCUAGUGCUUCUGGAGACCUUACGAACCUUCUCACAUCGUUGUCGACUGCUUUUAAGGCCAUUUCAAGUUCAGUACGAAAAGCUGGCUUGGCGCAUCUUUAUGGUAUCGCUGGUAACACCAACGUCCAAGGAGAAGAGGUGAAAAAGCUGGAUGUCCUCAGUAACGAGUUGAUGAUAAAUAUGAUCAACUCAUCCUACACAUGUUGCGCCAUGGUAUCUGAAGAGAAUGAUAAUUUGAUUGAAGUAGAAGCGUCCAAGCAAGGGAAAUACGUUGUCACAUUCGAUCCACUAGAUGGCUCAUCCAACAUUGACUGCUUGGUAUCCAUAGGAACAAUCUUUGGUAUUUGGAAAAAACACAAAGAUGGACCGGUCACACGUGAGGAUCUGUUACAGUCAGGAAGAAAUAUGGUCGCCGCUGGUUACUGUCUCUACGGUUCCGCCACGAUGGUCGUGCUUUGUACUGGACGUCAUGUGAACGGAUUCAUGCUCGACCCGAGCAUCGGAGAGUUCAUCCUGACGCACCCGAAAAUGAAAAUUCCAGAAAAAGGAAAGAUUUACAGUGUAAAUGAAGGUUACGAACGAUUCUGGUCGAAAGGACUCAGGGAAUACAUCCAUAGCAGAAAGCAUCCAGAGCCAGGAAAGAAAGGAAUGGUUGCACGUUAUGUCGGAUCCAUGGUGGCAGAUGUUCAUCGUACAUUACUUUAUGGUGGCGUUUUCCUCUAUCCACCUACCGGAGAUGCACCACAGGGCAAGCUUCGUUACCUUUACGAAUCUGCGCCAAUGGCUUUCCUGGUUGAGCACGCUGGAGGAAUCGCACACACGGGCAAGUUCUCUGAACGUAUCAUUUCCAGACAGAUCAUGCCUGCUCCAUCCGCUUAUGGAUUCGAGACAGACUCGAUGACAUUGCAGCGUUUUGUGCUGGCAGAACAGCGUAAACAUCCACAAGCUUCAGGUGAUCUCACCAAUCUUCUCACUUCACUUCUAACUGCAUUCAAGGCCAUUUCAAGUGCUGUACGAAAGGCUGGUUUGGCUAAUCUUUAUGGCAUCGCAGGCGAUACCAACAUCCAGGGCGAAGAGGUUAAAAAACUGGAUGUUCUCAGUAACGAGCUGAUGAUAAACAUGAUACGCUCAUCAUACAAUUGUGGUGGAAUGGUAUCGGAAGAAAACGACAAUAGCAUUGGCGAGUUCAUACUUACUCAUCCACAUAUGAGAAUUCCUGAAAAAGGGAAAAUCUACAGUAUCAAUGAAGGAUAUGCAAAGCAUUGGUCCAAAGGUCUUACUGAGUAUAUUCAUACUAGAAAGUUUCCAAAGGAAGGUAAAAAAGCAAUGGUACAACGCUACGUUGGUUCAAUGGUAGCUGAUAUCCAUCGAACGUUGCUAUAUGGCGGAAUUUUCCUCUACCCUCCUACCAAGGAUGCCCCAAAUGGAAAGCUUCGACUUCUCUACGAAUGUGCUCCAAUAUCGUUUCUCAUUGAGCAAGCUGGAGGUUUAGCAACUACAGGAAAGACACCGGUUCUAGAUGUUGUCCCAGAGGACAUUCAUCAACGAUGUCCAUUAUACAUGGGUAGUAAAAAGGAUAUCGAAGAACUGCUCAGCUAUAUUGCAUCUGACUGA